AUGAGAGCGUCAAAAAGGUAUCUUGUGAUUUGUGUGCACCAUGCAGAUGCCUCUGAUGCCAUUGUAACAAUUUGCUUAGCAGUUGGGCCAUGGAUUCUUGGCGUGUCACUGAAUAUAAUUGCUCGAAUGCUUCCUUGCUGUGGUCUCCAACUGAGAUACGAUUUGUACAGUGCUCAUUCAUGGCGACCGCCAGAUAAGCCAUCAGCAGUGAAUUAUUCUGAUUUAUAUGUGGGACUGCCAUGCUGCGUUGCAACAACAACCAUCAUUGUGGUGUGCUAUGUUAAGGUAAGUUGUAAAUGCAUGGUGUGUAAAUAUUAA